AACAGCUAAGCUCCAAAAUAAUCUUUAAAAAAAACCUAUCCAACGCGCAAUAAGCUCUUUCUCUUCUCCUUGAGAUUUCAACAAUACAACGUUCAGGUCCAACAACAAAGCAAAACCUGACAGGACCCUUGUUUUUUUGAAGAAAAAUUGAGGGGUUUUUGUUAUAAAGAAAACGAACCCAUCAAAGUUUCUUACUUUGUGUAGUUUUUCUCUGGACUUUUUCUCAUUUUCUCACCUUCCAAGCCCGAAAAUGCCCAAUUGGGAACUGAAGAACUGCUGCAAACAUGACCAGGUCUCCUUCCUGGUCACCAUUGCAAUCUUCUCUGUUGUUAUCCUCGCGUUAUGGAGGACGUUCAUAAUGACACCCUUUAAGCUCAUCACUGUGUUUUUGCAUGAAGUAAGUCAUGCGAUUGCUUGUAAACUGACAUGUGGUCAGGUGGAAGGGAUUCAAGUUCAUGCGAAUGAAGGCGGAGUGACACAGACACGCGGUGGUGUCUACUGGUUGAUAUUGCCUGCAGGAUAUCUUGGUUCGUCAUUUUGGGGGAUGGCUUUGGUACUUGCAUCCACAAAUCUCAUUACUGCAAGAAUAGCAGCUGGUUGCUUGGCUGUUGCCCUGUUAAUUGUUCUCUUUAUUGCUCAGAAUUGGACUCUUCGAGGACUUUGUAUUGGAUUCAUUAUUUUCCUCGCUGUUGUUUGGGUACUGGAAGAAAAAACAACUGUACGAAUCCUCCGAUAUGUCAUUCUCUUUAUUGGUGUGAUGAACAGUUUGUUUUCGGUUUAUGAUAUUUAUGACGAUCUAAUAUCUCGAAGAGUCCACUCCAGUGAUGCUGAGAAGUUUGCAGAAAUAUGCCCUUGCCCUUGUACCGGUGCUUGUUGGGGAGUCAUUUGGGGAAUAAUCUCAUUUUUAUUUCUGAGUGCAUCCAUAUAUCUUGGACUGGUCAUCUUAUCCUGAGGUCCAGACUCCAGACUCAUGAUCCAAGACAUUAUACAUUGGAAUGGCUCCUGUGCAUGAUAUUUCUUCAAUUUUGAAACAUUAUAUAUUGGUGGUCCUGCCAAUCUUGUUUAUCCCUUCAUUCUUUUGCCCUUGUAUCUAGGGUAAUUAGCAGGCUAUGAUGAUUGGUUUGAAUUAUUGUUUUGUAGAAAACUGAUAUCAUUUUACUCACUUUCAAUUGAAUUGAAAAUUUAUAGGCAGUCAACUGUUUUAAAUUUAGAAUUCCAUUAUGAA